CACGGAACUUUCAUAACAGUACAUCUACAGCAAGCUAUGGACUAAGAAGUUAGUGAAUGAGCUAAAGUGGUUAUUUCUUAUUAAAAAAAACUUACCUCUAGCUUCAACAUGGUUAAUCUGGGGCUCACCAAAGUGGACGACGCGUUGGUGGCCAAACAUCCGGGUUUGGAGAGCUACGCCGCCUGUCAGUCUCAUGCUUUCAUGAAGGGGUCUGGGACCUUUGUGCUGGGUGUUGCAGGUUUUUUUGCUAUUCAGAAGGCCCUACAGAGGAAGCUUCCUUAUCCCCUUCAGUGGAACCUGCUCAUUUCAAUAGUGGCAUCAUCAGUGGGCAGUUACGCAGUGACUCGUUGGGAAACACAGAAAUGCUCAGACCUCUGGUUGCUCCUAGAAACAGGCAAAGUCCCAGACAGGUCGCCACCUUCAGUACCCCAACAAGAGGAACCAACAGCACCACAGAAGACAAAAUAUGGCGACGUGAUGGAAUGAAAAAGUUUCAAACAAAUUUUGUUAUCUACAAUAUAAAGAUUAUAAAUAUGUAAAGAGAAACAGCUCAGGGGUGCUCUGCACAUUUUGCAUGGCCCACAUGAUUGUGUAUUAUAUUUAUUCUGGUUGUGGAGAUCUUAAAUUUCAUAACAGUCUCAAUGUGUGGAUUAAAAAAAAAAACCUUGGGUUUUCCUGACUCAGAGGUCAGGAAUUAGUUGUGGGAUUUUAGUAGGAAUUAGAUGUAAAGCUUGUGAUCCGGUGUUGUUGUUAUUAAUAUUUGGAUGUGUUGGGUUGUCGUGCAACAGAAUUAACAGUGCACUUCCAAAACCAGCUUCUACUUGUUACUGUAAAGCUAAUGGUGUAGAGCUGCUUAUUGGAGUCUCUGGUAGGAAAAACCAGUAAAUGACAAGCAAGUUACUAACCUUUUAUUUAAACAUGUGCCUGAACUACGCAGAGUAAAUCAUGUGGGGACAGUUCUUCCUUUUAAAUCCUUGCCUUCUCACAGUAACAGCAUAUUAAUCCUGACAAUGUUUAGCUUUCAGCCCCUGGACGUCUAAUGGUUCAGGUGUGCUGUAAUAGAGUCUUCAGGUUACCUUUUUUUGUCUGCAUUAGGACAGACUGAGAAGAAUUCAGCGUUUUUCCUGUAAAAGCUUUUGCUUGAACUCCAUUCUGCUAAUAACCUUGUAAUACUUUCUUCAAUAAUAUGUAAAAUAACAAAGUA